AUGUCUCGUAACCGUCGUCGUCGCUGUGUGGCUUGCUCGCGGGCUGUGGCGCCCGAGGGCUUUGCCAAGGACAUGCUCCUUGCCGAAGCCGAUGUCCGCAUGGGGGCGGGUAUGGGCCAGAUGGCUACGCGCGGAUCGGUGGAGGAGCACGAGGCGGCUACCAUGCGGGCGCAACAGGAGGCUGACUAUCAGGCGGCGGCUCGGGCGCAGCAGCAGGCCGAUUACGAGGCGGCGGUGGCGGCAGAGGCGCAGGCGGCGGCUCGGGCACAGCAGCAGGCCGAUUACGAGGCGGCGGUGGCGGCAGAGGCGCAGGCGGCGGCUAGGGCGCAGAAGCAGGCCGAUUACGAGGCGGCAGAGGCGGCGGCAAUGGCAGAGGCCGAGGUGGCCGGACGGGCAGCAGCGAUGGCCCGGGCACAGGCCGAGGCCGAGGCCGAGGCGCAGGCGCAGGCGCAGGCGCAGGCGCAGGCCGGCGCAGGCGCAGGCGCAGGGCCUGGGGCUGGCGCGGGAGGCUCUCUGGUGGAGGCGCAGGAGGAGACGACGAUGAUGCGGUUCCCAGGGAUGCAGACCGCGUUUGCGGCGCGCGCCGAGGCCGAUCCACAGCUGUCCGAGGCGAGCAAGACCAUUGCCGCCAACACGUUUGUGACGGGCUACGAGCAGAGCGCCGACGGGCGGUUCCGGAUCGAGUUUACCACCUUUGGGCGCGGCGACAAGGCGGUGCAGUUUGACGCUGGUUGGGUGCCGAUGCCAUGGGAGGAGGCCAGCGAGGUGCUUCCGGACCCGUCUGCACUCCAGGGCCGCGUGGUGCGGGUCCGGCCGAACCCGGCCAUUCCCUUCCGCCCGGUCUUUGGCACGCUGAUGGACAGCAAAGACGCGUGGGCGGUGCCCGCGCCCGAGGGCGCGUGGGGCCUCAUCCUCGCCACGCUCGACCUGGAGGGUCUCGUCGCACCCGAAGACCUCGUCCAGUUUGUGGCCUUCCUCAACGACUUUCCGGUCCGCGGCUUUGUCUCGCUCGACGACAUCGCGCCGUUCCUCUCCGAGCACGAGCACAUGGCUGUUGUCCAGCAGCUCCAAGGCCCACAGUAG